UUUCAUAUAUUAUCUAGCCCAAGAACCUAAGUUCAAAACAUACAUAACCUACACUCAGCACCAUCGUACUUGGCAGCACAUCAUAAGAGAGAAUAGACAAUGAUUGUUUCUUGGAGAUUAAGGAGAAAGUCCAAGAAAAACAAGAAUCCAAGCCAAGAAAUCAAUUCGGACAUGGAAAUCAUGAUUCCUAGACACUUCUGUUGCCCGAUUUCUCUUGACUUGAUGAAAGAUCCGGUCACAUUAUCGACAGGAAUCACAUACGAUAGAGAAAGUAUCGAAAAAUGGAUCGAAGAUGGCAACCUAACAUGUCCGGUUACAAACCAGGUGUUAGCCAGCUUUGAUCAGAUUCCGAAUCAUUCCCUGCGCAAGAUGAUUCAAGAUUGGGGUGUUGAGAAUCGUUCUUAUGGGUUUGAAAGGAUUCCUACGCCUCGUGUCCCUGUGACAUCGUACGAGGUUUCGGAGAUUUGUAGGAGGGUUAAUUUUGCAACUCAACGAGGCGAGCAAAAGAAGUGUCAAGAGCUGGUUAGGAAGAUCAAGAAUUGGGGUAAAGAGAGUGAGCGCAACAAGAGAUGCGUUGUGGAGAAUGGGGCUGGUUGUGUUUUAUCGGCUUGCUUCGAGUCCUUUGCAAGUGUUGCAAUGGAGAAAGAUGAGGAUUUGUUGGGAGAGAUUUUAUCAGCUUUGGUAUGGAUGUUUCCACUUGGUGAAGGCGGCCAAAGUAGGCUUGGAUCCAUCGUGUCUUUGAAUUGUUUGGUAUGGUUCUUGAAGAGGGGAGAUCUUUCAGCCAGGCAAAAUGCAGCUUUGGUGCUUAAAAAUCUUCUUGCUCUAGAUCAAAGGCAUGUAAAUGCCCUGGUGAAGAUUGAAGGAGUGGUUGAAGCUUUGGUUAAGUUAAUCAAGGAGCCUAUUUGCCCAACAGCCACCAAAGCUUCAUUGAUGGCAAUUUUCUACAUGACUUCACCAUCAAGUCUCAAUGAGAAGAUGAUACCAACAUUUGUGGAAAUGGGUUUGGUUUCAUUGAUCAUAGAGAUUCUAGUUGAUGGAGAUAAAAGCAUAUGCGAGAAGGCACUAGGUGUUUUGGACCAUAUUUGUGAUUGCAAAGAAGGGAGAGAAAAGGCCUAUGAGAAUGCUCUCAUUGUAGCUGUUUUGAUCAAGAAAAUCUUGAAUGUAUCAGAUUUGGCAUCAGAAUUGUCAGUUUCCAUUCUCUGGAAGCUUUUCAAGAAUUACGGAGAGAGAUCAGAGGAUGGCGAUGAUGAUGCAGAAGGAGGUGUUGUAGUUGAAGCACUUCAAGUGGGUGCUUUCCAGAAGUUGUUGGUCUUAUUGCAAGUGGGCUGUGGUUAUAGCACAAAGAAGAAGCUUAAAGAGUUGCUAAAAUUGUUGAAUCUUUGUAGAGUUAAGUUAGAUUGUUUUGAUUCUUCAGCAGAUUUCAAGUAUGUCAAAAGGUCAUACUGAUUCAGUGUUUCUCAAUUAGUUUAGGAAAGAACUUUAAACAGAUUCAUAGAAGAUUACCAACAAAUUCAAUUGAACAUACUCAAUUCAAUAAUUAUAACAUUGAGAUUUAUUGAUACAA